AUGGCGCUCUCGCUCGCUGCCGUCGUGCACGGACACGCACACCCGACCGGGCUCAGCCUCGUCUCGCGCUUCUACGCUCCGUACGGCGACGGCGAAUCGUUUGCGUUCGGCAUGGGCGCGGGCGAAAAGGCGGCCUACGACCCCGGCUUCCUCAAUGCCGUCAGCUACGCAAACCCGAGCGCGCCGCACCUCCUCAAGGACCACGCACUGGGCUUCGGCCGGUCACUAACCGACGCCUCGAUUUGCGGCGGGAUUCUGGCCGUCGCUAUGCCCGCGGCCGUCAAGACGGACCCCGGCUCUGUCAUGCUCUUCAAGGCGGCCACUCUGGCCGUGCCACCCAUCCUGAAGAAUACCUUUACGGUCGGGCCUCUGCCUGACCACAUCGCCUGGAACUCGGACUGCACCAUGAUCGCGACGGCCAACGAGGGCGAGGGCGUCUACGACAGCAGCCUGGUCGACCCGGAGGGCUCUGUGAGCAUCAUCAGCGGGAUCACCCCCUCCGGCGCCGGGGGCACCGUGACGACCGUCAACUUCGCUCCUGUCGCCGCAACCGACGCCGGCCUCAUUGCCGCCGGCGUCCACCUUCCCCUCGAGCUCAACGCGCAGGUGUACUACGACGAUAACUCCGGCGAGUUUGCGAGCAAGCUCGACUUCGGCGCCUCGCGUGCCGCCUACACGCCGGCCACGCAGCUCGAGCCAGAGUGGGUCGCCUGGUCGGCCGACGAGAGCAAGCUCUACGUGAACCUCCAGGAGAACUCGGCCAUCAUCACCAUCGACGCGAUGCGGAUGCCCGACUCCAUCGCCGUGUACAGCGCCGGCGGCCAAGACUACAUCAUCACGGCCAACGAGGGGGAUGACAAGGAGUACGGCGACUUCGAGGAGAAGCAAAAGUUCAAGGAUGUGAUGAGCUGCUCCUCGACACCCGACUUCGAGAGCGACUUCGCUGAGUUUUCCUUCUUAAAUGCUCAAGUUGGCACCGACGCCUGCACCAACUUUGACGGCACCAAGAUGCGCAUCACGAUCGGCUCGAGCGCUGUCGACUACUCCACCCCGGCGGCGCCAGUGUACAAAGCCACGGUUGGCUUCGGCGGCCGCGGCCUGUCCAUCUGGAAGGCGUCUGACAUGAGCCUGGUCUGGGACUCGGGCUCCAUUCUCGAGACUGAGCAGUGCGCCAAGUACCCGUGGGCGCAUAACACCGUGGCCGAUGAGGAGUUCUCCAUGGUGAGGGACGCGGACGGCAACGUCGGCGCGCGCUUCAACCUCGAGGGCCCCGGCAAGGUCAGCACCGUCCCGCCCUACCUCGUGACUGGCGACUGCGACACCUGCAACAAGCUGCAAGAGGACAUCUGGAAGCUCAACGCCUUCUCCCCCAUCACGGAGGACGGCUGCGACGUGAACGACGCCGCCGUGACCAGGGGCCCCGGAUGCGACGAGAACUACUGCGCCUGCCCGCUCGGCAAGACGGUCGACGAGCGCUCGCUCAAGGAUGGCGCCGGGCCGGAGGCGGUCGUCGUCGGAGAGGCAUGCGGCAUGACGAUCAUGGUCACCGCGACCGAGAAGCAGGGCACGGCCUUCGUCUUCGACGUGUCCGACCCCCAAAACACACAGCUGCUCUUUGUGCAGCACCUCUCGCCCGCCUCGCAGACGAAGAACCCCAGCGUCGCCUACGCGGACCGCACCCUCGGCGAGGUGGACCCUGAGUCGAUCACCUUCCUCACCGCGGAAAAGUCGCCGACCGGCAAUGCCGGCAUCCUCUUCAGCGGCUCGUGGAGCGGCACGCUCUCCCUCUACGAGUUCGAGGGCUGCCAGACCGCAAAGUAUAUGCCGGGCGAUCCAACCUCGCGGUGGCUCUCCACGGCCGCGGACGGGUACUGCGCCGUCACCGACGCCGACGACCCCGGCGACUGCCUCAGCGGCUCCAACGGCGCUUGGCGGAUCCGGGCUAGCGCUGCGCGCCAGCUCAUCCUCGCAACCACCGCGUGCGUCGAGAAGUGCCUCGCGUGCGACCGCUGCCGGUACAUCUCGCUGUCGCAGCAGCUCAAGCAGUGCAGCUGGCACCACAGCUGCGACUCGCCCGGCAGCCGAGCAGCCGGCCAGUUCCGCUUUGGGCCGCUCGAGCGGCUGCGCGGCAAGGGACACGGCCGCGGGCGCGGCGGCAGGCAGCACGGCGGUCGCUGUCGCGGCCGUGGCCGCGCGUGCGGCGGUGGAGGUGGCGGCGGCGGCGGCGGCGGCAGCGCGUUGGCCGCCGGUCCAUGUCCCAUCAUGCGGGAUCAGAUGGAGGUUCAGGAGAUGGCGAGGAUGGUGCAGUGCCUGCAGGAGCGGAGCCCGCCCUCGGGCCCGCUCGAGGUGCUCCUGCGAUCGCACCUGUGGGCCCAGCCGCCUCCCGUCUCGCCGCGCGGCCAGCGUGGCUGCGCGCGCUCGGCGGGCGCGGCGGCGUGGACCGAUCGUGGGCCCUCCGACUUCGGCGGCGACAGCGGCUGCGGCCGCCGCUGGAUCGGUACCGCGGAGGCGCGCUGCUUGCUUUCGGGGCGCGACUUGCUGUUCGUGGGCAACUCGGUGACGCGGCGGCAGAUGUACACGGUGCUUGACUUGCUUGCGGGGCCGCACGCGCACCGGCAGAGCGCGGACCGAAAGUUGGAGACGCUUGAGCUUGGAGGGAAGGCGAGCGGGCUCAACACGGCAUCGCGCGCCGGCCGCGGAGCGUCGUGGCACAACGAGUUUCCGCGUCAGCGAUUCCGCGUCGAAGAGUCGUGGAUCUGGGACGUGGCCUCGAAGUCGAAUUUGGACGGCGCAAGCUCCGGCUACCACUCCGCGCAGCUCGUCACCAUCGACCUGACCACCGGCGAGCACCGCUUCUCGCUGCCGCACCGGCUCUGCGCCCUCUCCGACGCCUUCUCAAACUUCAACGCGGGGCGGUCGACGCCAGGUGAGACGCCAGGAGGACACCAGGAGAGUCUCGACGGCAAGUUUGCGACGCGUGAGUGGCGCCCCCUCGUCAGUUUCGAUCUCGCCCUCCGCAGCGAGACGAUCCAGGCGCUGCGAGGCCCCGCCGCCGCCGCCCCUACCGCCAACGCCGCCGCUGCCGGUGGCGGCGCUGCUGGCGGCGGGGGCGGCGCUGCUGGCGGCGGCGCGGGCCGGUGCGGAGACCGCAGCGGCGCCUACCUGAACUGGGCGGGCGCCUUCGAGGGCGGCAUCUCGGGGCCGCCGGAGCGGUUGCGGGCGGCGGGGAGCGGCCGCGGCGGCGGGCGGCGCGUGCGGUUGGUCGGUCGAGUAGUACGGCAGGUCAAGUCGCAGCUCGAGUGGACCUUUGGGGAGGGCAGCGCCGAGUGGCGGCAGAACGUGAGCGUGCACGCGUGGCUGAGCGACACGGAGGAGGCGGUGUCGACGUGCGAGUGCACCGGCCAGCUCGCGCCGUGCCACCGCCACCCAGAGUGCCUCGGGAAGCACAUGUGCGCGCCGCUGCCGCGCGGCUCUUCCUCCUUUGUCGAGCGCGCGCGCCACUUUGCGCGCGCGCUGAUGGCGCGCGAUCUCCCGCAGCCGCGGGAGCGGCACAAGCUACUGAGCGACGGGCUGAGUCCGGGCAGGCGACGCAGCGAGCGGCCUCCGGUCGUCUCGCCGUGGUACGACGACUGCUGGCCGGGCCGGGGCCGGUGCCAGGGUAACCGCCCGUGCAAGGAGCCGCUCGACCAGGCUUUCUCGUGCCGCGCGACGGCGUUGCUCUGUCCGGCGGCGACGUGGCAGCAGACCCUCGCCGCCGCCAAGGCGAGAGGGCCUUGCCGCUGCUGCCCUGCGUGGAUCCCCGAGGGCCGGCCCUCCGCCUCGCUCCUCUACCUGUACGACGGCCACUGGGACGGGACACUUUUCGACGAGACCUUCCGCGUGUGGGGCCCCGCCUCGUUCGGCAAGUACGAGCCAACGCGCGAGGACUGGCCGAGCUCGCUGCGCCGGCUGACGACGGCGAUGCAGCGGCAGGCGGCUUGCGCCGCGCCGCCCUCCGGCAACGCUUCGGCGGCGGCACCGCUGCUCAUCUUUCGGUCGCCCGCCUUCAACUUUGACGUGAUGAACAAGUUCAGCCAGCAGGAGGCGUACGAGGCCAAGAUGCGGCCGCUCGUCGAAAAGGCGGGCGCCUUCUACCUCGACCAGUACGCCGCCACAAAGGCCGCAGCCUUCCAGGAGGCGCCCGCAAUCAAGUUUGCGCAGGGCUCCACCUUCCACUACCUCAACGCCGGCCGCUACCUGAUGGCGCAGACGCUGCUUCACCUGCUACAGCUGCUCACCCACGGCGCGCCGCCCCCGCCCCGCGCGCCUGGCGAGCCGGGCGGUGAGCUCAAGGGCUCGCCCUCUCCUCCCCACCGCGCGCGCGUUGCAGCAGGAGCUGUGCGCACUAUCCCGUAGCUGCGCCGCCUCUCCGGACAGUCAUCGAGCACUCGAUGGUCCACUGCGAGAGCGCGGCCCAAGCGCACUUGGAGGGGGGGAGAGGAGAGAUAGAGCUCUAGAGAGAUUGAGACUGAGAGUCGUCAGAGUUGGGGGUCCCUGUGUGAGCGAGAGAGGGGAAGGGGUGUGGUGUGACGUCAAGAGCUGCAGAAGAGCUCCCUCGAGUGUCG